AUGGCGUCGGCCAUGCCUGAUCCGAACGUAAACUUGCAUUUGCAGGGCUCUCAGAGAAGGUCAGAACCAGCGGAAAUUGCCAGAGACCGUUCCCUGCAGAAUACAAAAGGAAAGUACAACAUCAGAGGAACAAGUGAUACGAAGAAUGUCUCUUUACACGAUCGUAUUAAUCAGUUUCCUGAUCAGUUCCUGAUCGUCAGAGGUACGAAAAUUUUCUGUGAUGCUUGCAAAGAGAUUUUAUCGUCCAAGAAGAGCGUCAUUAAAUUGCAUUGUGCAUCACAAAAACACGUGAGGUCAAAAGAAAAGAGUAAGAAAUCAAAGUUGAAAGAACAAACUAUAGCCGAGGCACUCAGUCGAGAGAAAACCCGUCAAGACAGCACACUACCUUUAGCUCAGCAAGCAUACAGACAAGAAGUAAUGGAGGAAUUUCUAAAGGCAGGGAUUCCCAUCAGCAAAAUCGACAAGCUGCGUUCUCUGCUUGAGAAAAAUGGCCAUCGCCUUACCAGUAGCUCUAAUCUUGCGCAAUAUAUAACCCUUAUUUUCAAGCAAGAAGUGGACACGAUAAAGAAGGAACUGUCUUUACCAGGACAAGGAGAUAUGACAAGAGACGUGUCAGUGAUAUUUGACGGGAGUACCAGACAAGCCAUCUGGUGACUCCAACUCUUCAGGAGUUUGGAAAUCUGUGGGUCCGAUUGUCAGCUACCGAGCAAAACUGGCGUGGAAAGAUCUAACCGGCCGAAAGCCAAAAUCCUACAGCGAAACUCGCUGGUGGUCAAAAUGGGAGGUUUACAAGUAGC